AUGGCUGAAGCAUGUAAGAUCAGAGAGAUGAGAUUCAAAGGCAACAGCCUCUCUUGGGCCGGUAAGAGAGACAACGUCUGGAUACAGUGUCGUUUGGAUAGAAGUUUUGGUAAUGAUGCAUGGUUUCGUCUCUUUCCCCAAUCAUCAACUGAGUACAUGAGUAUGUGGCCCUCUGACCACCGACCGUUGCGAAUUGAGUUUGCAUUGGAACCAGAGAGUCUACAAAGAGGACGGUUUUACUUUGAUAAGCGGAUGUUUGGUAAAAGAGGUGUAGAGAGAAGCCUCAUUCGUGGUUGGGAGGCAGAGAAUGACUCGUCGGAUCUAAGUGUUCUAGACCGCAUUGCUCAAUGCAGAACGGAACUAGCUAAGCUUAAAAAAGCUAGUGAUUGGAACUCUAAAACAAAGAUCGAACAUCUGCAAACUGAGCUUGAAAAAGAAUCAUCGAAACGGUUCCCAGUCUUUGGUGUCUUGAGGAGGCUAAAACAAGAACUUUCUAAAGCAUUCUACGAAGAGGAGAUUUUCUGGAGACAGAGGAGUCGAGAAGAAUGGCUGAGAGAGGGGGACAGAAACACCACGUACUUUCACAAUGUCAUAAAAGGAAAAAGGAUAAGGAAUAAAAUCAUGAUGUUGAAGGAUAUAUUUGGUAAUGAGCACUUCACAGAGGGGUCUAAAGGGAACAUAGCGGUUGAGUACUUUCGUGACCUCUUCACUAGCUCAAACCCGGUUGAUCUGGAAACUUUAUUUGAAGGUUUCAACGCCAGGGAGACCACCGAGAUGAACGAUAGUCUGACGAGAGAAGUGUCACCAGAGGAAAUUAAGAAGGCGACGUUUGGAAUAAAAGCGAGCAGUUCACCAGGGGAAGAUGGUCUCACGGGCUUCUUUUACCAAAAGUACUGGCACGUGGUUGGUCCUAAACUGAUCCAGGAUGUGCAAGAGAUGAAGGACAUGAGGCCCAUAAGUCUUUGUACUGUCCAGUACAAAAUUAUCUCGAGGAUUAUGUGUAAUAGACUCAAGCUGAUACUCCUAGAGAUAAUCUCAGAGACACAAGGAACCUUUGUGGGAGGCCGGCUUAUCACAGACAAUGUGAUCAUCGCACAUGAGCUAGUGCACGGUCUGGGUACGAACGAAAAGAUUGGUAGCCAGAGUAUGGCUGUGAAAACAGACAUGUUGAAAGCCUACGAUCGAUUAAUCAACAAGGCCAAGUCGUCAAUUAUCUUUGGAAAAGGCAUCGGGGAUAAAACUAAGGCGGAUGUCAAGCUAGCUUUGGGCAUCGACAAGGAAGGGGGUGAAGGGACUUACUUGGGGUUGCCUGGGUGUUUCAAAGGCUCAAAACGGGACCUUUUAAGUUUCAUUAAAGAGAAGCUGGAAGGCGGACUCCAAGGCUGGUACUCUAAAACCCUAUCGCAAGGUGCAAAAGAAGUACUGUUAAAAUCAGUGGCCUUAGCACUUCCAUUUUAUGCUAUGUCAGUGUUCAGGUUACCCAAAGAUCUGUGUGCGAAGAUCACUAGCGCUAUUGUGGAGUACUGGUGGAGCAGUGGAGAUAAGAAAAGAAAGAUUUCAUGGGUAGCGUGGCAAAAACUAUGUAAACCUAAGGAGCAAGGAGGUCUUGGCUUCCAUGAUAUUGGCAAGUUUAAUCAAGCUCUACUAGGGAAACAAGCAUGGAGAAUCUGGAACAAUCCAGACUCAUUGGUGGCCAAAGUACUUAAAGGUAAAUACUUCAGAAGAGGCAACUUCCUGGAAUGUGGUUUGGGCUCGCGUCCUUCCUUUGUGGGAGAAGCAUCAUGCAUGGUAGAGAGCUCCUACAACAAGUGGAUUAUUGAUACUAUUCCUCGACCGCCAAUGUACAAAGCAAACAGUGUUGUUAACUUGGCCCUUAAGGAAGAUUCAGUCCGAUGGGGUUUCAGUAAAGAUGGAAGCUACAAUACUCGGAGUGGAUAUAAGCUCUUAGAAGCCCUGACUGACUUCAAUCAUCCCCAAGCUCGCGUCUUGCCACCGAUCGAAAAACAGUUGUGGAAGAAUCUCUGGAAAAUCAAAGCGCCUCCAAAGAUUAAACACUUUAUUUGGAGAGCUCUAUCGGGAGCUUUGGCAAUUAAGGAGCGUCUUACCACUCGGGGUAUUCAGAUUGAUACCACUUGCUCUAACUGUUCAAGAGAAUCUGAAAGCAUUUGCCAUAUGCUUUUCGUUUGUGAAAAGGCAAAAGAAGUUUGGGACCUUGCCAACAUUUCAUUACCUCAAACUGGUUUUCAAGGAACUCUGUAUUCCUAA